CGGUCCCGCCCGGCGCUUUCCUCCGCGGAGCUGCGGAGAGAGCGCGGCCCGGCUGAACGGGCGCGGGACGCGGAGCCCCCGACGGUGCGGCCAGUGUGCGCGCCAGCGCUCCCCGCACCCCGCACCCCGCACCCCGCCUGGCCCUGCCGGCCACCCCCGCGCGCAGCCUCGUCCCCCAGCGCCCUGCUCCGCCCGCGCCCCGUCCCGCCCGCACACCCCGCGAUGCAGCUCGGCGUCGCCUGGCCGCUGCUGGUGGCCGCGGCCCUGGGGCUCGGGGCGCGCGGGGUGCGCGGCGCGGUGGCUCUUGCCGACUUCUACCCGUUCGGCGCCGAGCGCGGCGACGCCGUCACCCCCAAGCAGGACGACGGCGGCUCGGGGCUGCGGCCGCUCUCGGUGCCCUUUCCGUUCUUCGGCGCCGAGCACUCCGGACUCUACGUGAACAACAACGGAAUCAUCUCCUUCCUGAAGGAGGUUUCUCAGUUCACCCCAGUGGCCUUCCCCAUUGCCAAGGACCGCUGCGUGGUGGCAGCCUUCUGGGCAGAUGUGGACAACCGGCGUGCAGGCGAUGUGUACUACCGGGAGGCCACCGACCCAGCCACGCUGCGCCGAGCCACGGAGGAUGUCAGACACUACUUCCCCGAGCUCCUGGACUUCAAUGCCACCUGGGUUUUUGUUGCCACCUGGUACCGAGUGACCUUCUUUGGAGGCAGUUCCUCAUCCCCUGUCAACACAUUCCAGACUGUGCUCAUCACAGACGGCAAGCUCUCCUUCACCAUCUUCAACUAUGAGUCCAUCGUGUGGACCACAGGCACACACGCCAGCAGCGGGGGCAACGCCACUGGCCUGGGGGGCAUUGCAGCCCAGGCUGGCUUCAAUGCGGGCGAUGGGCAGCGCUACUUCAGUAUCCCCGGCUCGCGCACGGCAGACAUGGCCGAGGUGGAGACCACCACCAACGUGGGUGUGCCCGGGCGCUGGGCGUUCAGAAUCGAUGAUGCCCAGGUGCGCGUGGGGGGCUGCGGCCAUACAACCUCCGUGUGCCUGACCCUGCGCCCCUGCCUCAACGGUGGCAAGUGCAUCGACGACUGUGUCACGGGCAACCCCUCCUACACCUGCUCGUGCCUCUCAGGCUUCACGGGGCGGAGGUGCCACCUGGACGUGAACGAAUGUGCCUCCCAGCCCUGUCAGAACGGCGGGACCUGCACUCACGGCAUCAACAGCUUCCGCUGCCAGUGCCCGGCCGGCUUUGGGGGACCCACCUGUGAGACAGCCCAAUCCCCCUGUGACACCAGAGAGUGUCAAAAUGGUGGCCAGUGCCAGGUGGAGAACGGCUCUGCGGUGUGUGUGUGCCAGGUUGGAUACACUGGAGCAGCUUGCGAGACGGAUGUGGACGACUGCAGCCCUGACCCCUGCCUGAAUGGAGGCUCUUGUGUUGACCUAGUGGGGAAUUACACCUGCUUGUGUGCAGAGCCCUUCAAGGGACUUCACUGUGAGACAGCUACAGUCCUGGACAGAAUGCAUGGAGUAGCUCUCAGAGGACUCUGUAAAGUCAGUAGUAGCAGGUGGAUUGGGGAAGAAGACCAAGCUUUGAAGUGCCACCAAACCAGUGGUGACCACCCAGUGCCCGACGCCUGCCUCUCAGCCCCUUGCCACAAUGGGGGCACCUGUGUGGAUGCGGACCAGGGCUACGUGUGCGAGUGCCCCGAAGGCUUCAUGGGCCUGGACUGCAGGCAGAGAGUCCCCAAUGACUGUGAGUGCCGUAACGGAGGCAGAUGCCUGGGCGCCAACACCACCCUCUGCCAGUGCCCCCCGGGAUUCUUUGGGCUUCUCUGUGAAUUUGAAAUCACAGCCAUGCCCUGCAACAUGAACACACAGUGCCCAGACGGCGGCUACUGCAUGGAGCACGGUGGGAGCUACCUCUGUGUCUGCCACACUGACCACAAUGCCAGCCACUCCCUGCCAUCACCCUGCGACUCAGACCCCUGCUUCAACGGAGGCUCCUGCGAUGCCCAUGACGACUCCUACAUCUGCGAGUGCCCGCGCGGUUUCCACGGCAAGCACUGCGAGAAAGCCCGGCCACACCUAUGCAGCUCUGGGCCCUGCCGGAACGGGGGCACGUGCAAGGAGGCAGGCGGCGAGUACCACUGCAGCUGCCCCUACCGCUUCACCGGGAGGCACUGUGAGAUCGGGAAGCCAGACUCAUGCGCCUCUGGCCCCUGUCACAACGGCGGCACCUGCUUCCACUACAUUGGCAAAUACAAAUGUGACUGUCCCCCAGGCUUCUCCGGGCGGCACUGCGAGAUAGGCCCUGGAGGCGCAGGAGGUGGAGCUGGGCGCAGGAGGCAGGAUGCCCCAUGCAGUCCCGAGCCUUCGGGGAAGACACAGUGGCCAGGACCCUCCUGCAUUCUGGCAGCCCCCUCCCCCUGCUUCCGGAGCCCAUGUGUGAAUGGGGGCACCUGCGAGGACCGAGGCACGGAUUUCUUCUGCCACUGCCAAGCAGGGUACAUGGGACGCCGGUGCCAGGCAGAGGUGGACUGCGGCCCCCCAGAGGAGGUGAAGCACGCCACACUGCGCUUCAAUGGCACGCGGCUGGGCGCGGUGGCCCUAUAUGCAUGUGACCGCGGCUACAGCCUGAGCGCCCCCAGCCGCAUCCGGGUCUGUCAGCCACAUGGUGUCUGGAGUGAGCCUCCCCAGUGCCUGGAAAUUGAUGAGUGCCGGUCUCAGCCGUGCCUGCAUGGGGGCUCUUGCCAGGACCACGUCGCUGGGUACCUGUGCCUCUGCAGCACAGGCUACGAGGGCGUCCACUGUGAGCUGGAGAGGGAUGAGUGCCGAGCUCACCUCUGCAGAAAUGGAGGCUCCUGCAGGAACCUCCCUGGGGCCUAUGUCUGCCAGUGCCCUGCAGGCUUCGUCGGAGUCCACUGUGAGACAGAGGUGGACGCCUGCGACUCCAGCCCCUGCCAGCACGGAGGCCGGUGUGAGAGUGGCGGCGGGGCCUACCUGUGCGUCUGCCCAGAGGGCUUCUUCGGCUACCACUGCGAGACAGCGAGUGACCCCUGCUUCUCCAGCCCCUGUGGGGGCCGUGGCUACUGCCUGGCCAGCAACGGCUCCCACAGCUGCACCUGCAAAGUGGGCUACACGGGCAAGGACUGUGCCAAAGAGCUCUUCCCACCGACGGCCCUCAAGAUGGAGAGAGUGGAGGAGAGUGGGGUCUCCAUCUCCUGGAACCCGCCCGAUGGCCCAGCCGCCAGGCAGAUGCUUGAUGGCUACGCGGUCACCUACGUCUCCUCUGAUGGCUCCUACCGCCGCACGGACUUUGUGGACAGGACCCGCUCCUCGCACCAGCUCCGGGCCCUGGCGGCCGGCAGGGCCUACAACAUCUCUGUCUUCUCAGUCAAGCGCAACACUAACAACAAGAAUGACAUCAGCAGGCCUGCCGUGCUACUGGCCCGCACGCGACCCCGCCCUGUGGAAGGCUUCGAGGUCACCAAUGUGACGGCCAGCACCAUCUCAGUGCAGUGGGCCCUGCACAGGAUCCACCAUGCCACCGUCAGUGGGGUCCGCGUGUCCAUCCGCCACCCUGAGGCCCUCAGAGACCAGGCCACUGAUGUGGAAAGGAGUGUGGACAGGUUCACCUUUGGGGCUCUGCUGCCUGGGAGGAGGUACACCAUCCAGCUGACCACCCUCAGUGGGCUCAGGGGAGAGGAGCACCCCACGGAGAGCCUGGCCACCGCGCCAACACACGUGUGGACCCGGCCCCUGCCUCCAGCAAACCUGACCGCCGCCCGAGUCACAGCCACCUCUGCCCACGUGGUCUGGGAUGCCCCGACUCCAGGCAGCUUGCUGGAGGCUUAUGUCAUCAAUGUGACCACCAGCCAGAGCACCAAGAGCCGCUAUGUCCCCAAUGGGAAGCUGGCAUCCUACACAGUGCGCGACCUGCUGCCGGGACGGCGGUACCAGCUCUCUGUGACAGCCGUGCAGGGUACGGAGCUCGGGCCACUGCACAGCGAGCCCGCCCACCUCUACAUCAUCACCUCCCCCAGGGAUGGCGCUGACAGACGCUGGCACCAGGGAGGACACCACCCUCGGGUGCUCAGGAACAGACCGCCCCCGGCGCGCCUGCCGGAGCUGCGCCUGCUGAAUGACCACAGCGUCCCCGAGACCCCCACCCAGCCCCCCAGGUUCUCAGAGCUUGUGGACGGCAGAGGAAGAGUGAGCGCCAGGUUCGGCAGCUCACCCAGCAAAGCAGCCACCGUGAGAUCGCAACCCACAGCCUCAGCGCAGCUCGAGCACACCGAGGAAGCCCCCAAGCAGGUCAGCCUGGCCCUCCAGCUCCCUGAACACGGCAACAAGGACCUCAGGAAAGUCCCUGGGAACUGUUCAGAAAACCUCUGUCAGAACGGAGGCACCUGUGUGCCGGGCGCGGACGCCCACAGCUGUGACUGCGGGCCAGGGUUCAAAGGCAGACGCUGCGAGCUCGCCUGUAUAAAGGUGUCCCGCCCCUGCACAAGGCUGUUCUCCGAGACAAAGUCUUUUCCAGUCUGGGAGGGAGGCGUCUGUCACCACGUGUAUAAAAGAGUCUACAGAGUCCACCAAGACAUCUGCUUCAAAGAGACCUGUGAAAGCACGAGCCUCAAGAACACCCCAAACAGGUGCCUCCGGGGAGCAGGCCCGUGCCGUGUCCUGCAUGGAGCCCACGGGGCGAUGGGGCAAGGGCGGCAGUGCUAUGGGAUGCUGCAGGCGGAGCCAGGCAGUCUGCUCACCCGGAUAGGCAGCCCCUGGCCAGCCACGUUCUGCUACGAAACUGUAUGUCCACAUAUGUGCAUGUGAGCGUACACAGAGGGGCCCAGCUGGGCAUGCCGGGUCCUGGGGGAGGCCACACGGUGGGUGCUGGGAGUCACUCUGGUUAUGCAUAUUCACACAGAACACGGUGCUACAAUUGGGAAGCACAGGGUGUAACUGACAGCCCCAAGAAUUUAAUGGCCAAUAUAGUGUGUCCCUGUUUACUUUUUAUUCACUCACACCCAGGUUCUUCCCCCAAAGGGUUCAAGGUAGUUACAAGAAUUACUCCUGUUUGGGGUUUACUGAAAGAAGUACCUGAGAAUAUUAUAUGCUUUAGAAACCACAGAGUCGAAACCUGUCAUCGUCCUCCUAGGCCAAUGAGCAGCCACGCGUAUUUGUUUGGCAUUACCAAGUGUCAGGGUGGGGCCGUAGCCUGCAGCUCACCAGCUGUGCUGCUCAGCCUGCGCCCGUCUCCCGGCUCUUCCCUGGGGUAGCCUUGGCUUGCUUUCUCCCACGUCCGUCCUUCUCUCUCUCUCUGACUCACAUCCAGCCAGGUUUCUAGCCUUGUCACUCCCAAACUACUGCCUCAAGCCAGGCGGGCGCACACAAACUAAAAUGCUAAUCUCCACGGCGGUGUCUGCACUAAUGAUACCCCCCACCCUGGAAUGUAUGUGAGCUAAGACAGGACUUCAGCAGGCACCUGGCUGAGGUAGCUGGAGGGUGCAAAGUACAGUCUUUUCUUCAUUAAACAGCUUUUCUCUGAUUAUUUCAGGAAACAAAGUAAGAGUCAGACACUGGAGAAAUCUUAAGGUACGUCCCUGCUGCUCCCGCGCCACUACCACAGAGCUGCUGGGAAGUGGGGGGCGAGUGCCCAGCCCUGGGGAUCUCAGAGCGCCGCUGCCUACUUACUAAGCACUGCUAAAGGAAGCUGGGUCCUGUGCUGCUGCGUUACAGACUCCUGGGCAGGAAGCUUUCAGCAUUUCCCAAGGGGAAAAAGACAUGCAGCUGCUCUAGCCACUGACAAAUACAUCUUCAGGUGGAAAGGAGGCUCUCUGUGGAGAGGGGCAAAUCCCACUCUUUCUCAAGGGAAAUGUGGCCAAGAAACCCCUCGAUCAGCUGCAGUGGGAGGAAGAGGCAGGAGGGUGGGCACUUGGAGAGGCUGGAAGACCACCUGGCACCUGGGAGGAGGGGCCACGGGCAGUGGGAGGGCCUGGGCUGCUGAGAAAUUCCCGGGGUUCCAGGACAGAGCUAAGACAGUGCCUCCCAGAGCUUGUGAAUGGCAUUCUGUCAGAACUAAAAAUGGGGCAGGGGCCUUGAUCACUUAAUAUUUAGAAAGUCUCAAAGACUGUCUGUCACUAGGAAACUCAUCGCUGCCACUAGACUCAUGGGUGUUCAUAAAUCCUGAAAUGAAAGAAACUCUAACUCUCUUUUUUGAUUAAGCUAGCAUUUCCCAAACUCUUUUGGCAACCAAACCCCCAUCCUGCCCCUGCCUCCUGCUGCUGCAUCUUCAACAACACUGGUAUUCUUCACAAUGGUUUGCAGAAGACUGGGAUAGACCAUAGAAAGCCAUCUACAACCUGUUUGUUAUCAGUUUCAUACUGACUACAGUUUCUUAUCAACAUGUCACUGUGCAUGAAAGAUGAAUUUCUGGUUGGCCUAGGACAGCUUUGCUACUCCCGCCCCUUAAAUGAGCCUUCACAGUUCCUCUUCCUGGUGGUACAGAUGAGAGUGAGACACCCUUGGGUAACAAGCCACUUCAAAACAGGUCUCUAUGUUUUGUUAUAUGCCUAAAAAAAUAAGGAGAAAUGUGAUUCGGAAACCUUUAAAAACAAACAGAAGCAAAAGAGCUUUUCAGGUAAAGGCUCACACACCAAAGGAAAAGUGUCCACGCCACCUGGGGGGAAGGCCUGGGCCGGAGUCCACAGAUGGCCGAACUUGAGCUCUGAGUUGGCCAUGACAGAGCACAUGCAUCUGCCUCUUCGGAUGUGGAAAGUCUCUCCGUAAGAGAGCGACUGGCAGUGUUCACUUCCUGCUGACUCAAAGAAAUCACUUCCUGCCCCCACCUCACCCUCCCAAGACACACACACUAAACACACUCCAGGCUUGUAAGCAAUUUUACUACAGCCAAGCAUCACCUAACAAUGGAGAUGCAUUCUGAGAACUGCUUUGUGAGGUGAUGUCAUCUGGGUAAACAUCAUAGCGUGUACUUAGAACAAACUUAGAUGGCAUCGCGUACCGCGCACCUAGGCUCUAUGGCAGAGCCUGUGCUCCCGGGUUACACACCACAGCGUGUUACUGAGUACUAUAGGCAGUUGUAACACAGUGCCAAGUGUGUGUGUAUCUAAACACAGAAAACCUACGGUAAAAAUAUGGUAUGAAAGAUAAAAAAUGGCACACCUGUGCCGGGCACUUACCAUCAUUGGAAUGUGCAGGACUGGCAGUUGCGCAAUAACAAAUUAGUUCUUCAGGCCGGGCACGGUGGCUCAAGCCUGUAAUCCCAGCACUUUG